AUGGCUGCAUACUACUUCCUUCGAGAUAUUCUUUCAGUAGCUUCAAAGCAUCCAUUCUAUAAAUGGGAUAUCGAAUAUCCACCCAAUGCGGAAGAAAUAGCUCAGCUUCUCGAACAAACCACGACAACUCCAGAUCUUCGCACUUUCCCUCUUACACACAAACAAGACCUCUAUACGAUAAUCCAACGCCUCUCCGCCGAUGACUCACCCCAAAAUGACUUCCGACGAAGCGCGUACAGCAGUAUCACAGGUGGAGGAUCGGGUGGUGUGCCAAUGCUCUUCCUGACUGACUCAACCGAGAAUCGCAAACACCGAUAUACAGCUGGACAAUUUCUAAAGACAUGCGGGCUAGUGAAGCCCCGUGACUGGAUCUUGACCGUGCACGUCUCAGGCGGCUUUUAUCGGUCACUCGAUCUUUUGUCGGAGAUGUUCGAAAACGCAGGUGGAAGUGUUCUCACAGCGGGACACACGAUGGCUGUUGCGGAUGUCGUGGAUGCGCUGAUCAAAUACCGAGUCAACGUCCUCAGUGGUGGAAGUAGCCCAAUAUUGCAGAUUCUGAACUAUAUUGCUUCAUCUACACCAGAGAAGCAAAAGGCACUGAAGAUAGACAAGAUUAUCUAUACCUCAGAAACCUUGGGUCGCCCACAGCGAGAUUUCAUUCGCUCUGUCCUCGGUCCGGUCAGCAUCUGUUCAGUGCUCGGCAGUUGCGAGGCUGGACCUUGGGCAGUUGCAAAUCUAGCCCUUACGGGUGAACCGGAGGACGAGGCUGUUGAAUUCAUCUAUGAUUCCCGUACUAUGAUCAUCGAGAUCCUUCCUCUGGAGGCUACAGAGAUUCCAAGAGAGAAUAUGCAAGAUUUGCCAGAGCUCCCAGAAGGGAGUGUGGGUAUGAUCGUGCAGACUUCCUUGCAGCGACUCAGAAAUCCGCUCGUACGCUACAUCACCGGUGAUGUGGGAUCACUGCAUCCAUUGCCUGCUGCAGCCCAGGCCGUUCUUCCCCCGGAUGAAGUCCAGCACUUGCGAAUGAUUCGGGCGCGGGGACGCGAUAAGCGGUUCAGUUUCAAGUGGGUGGGGAGGUAUUUUGAAUUUCAUACCAUAAGAGAGAUUAUGCGUACACCUGAAUGGGGAGUAUUGCAGUGGCAGCUCAUAUUGGACGUGGAAGAGCCGUCGCCGGCGGUGAUAUUGGAGGUUCGUGUGUUGCUUUCUACUGCGGAGACGGCUGGUCAGAUCUCUCAAGAUGAGCUGAUCGAAAAGCUGAAGAUCUUCUUUGCCGCUACGGGAAAUAGUGAACACUUGUUCAAAGUUACAUUCGUAGGGGAUGAUCAAGGGUUUGUGCUGAGCACCACGGGCAAUAAAGUAAUGAGCUUUGUGGACAGGAGCCUUCCAACCUAA